AUGGCUUGGAGGAGCGAGAUAUGGAGGUGCGAGGAAGGGAGAGAAGCGAGGGAGAAGCAGCAACAGGCUCAACGGGGGUACGUCAGGGGGUUCCAGCCACGGCGGUCUUACAAAGAUACGGUAAGGUUGCCAGCUGGCUGGCUGGCGUGUACGGCCUCACAUCUUUGGAUCCUGGUUCUCCGGACCCAAGCUUCUUUUGACCUCUCAACGGCUCGUGAGAUCACCUUAAUGCGUACCGAAUUUCCAUCAUCGUUAUACCCUCGUCAUUCUACCUCCAGGAUACCACCAGCGGUGUUUGUAGUCUUGGAAAGGUCCUAUCGCACCGACCUCGGGACCGCAGACGACAACAAUGCAGGGGAAGAUCACAGGUAG